AUGAGUGACGCACCACCAGCCGGCGGCGAGGCACCCUCCAAGAAUGCGUUGAAGAAGGCGCAGAAGGAGAAGGAGAAGGCGGAGAAGAAGGCCGCAGCAAAAGCCCGUGAACUCGCUGAGCGCACCAAGAAGGAAGCGGAUGACGCUGCCGAUGUCUCUGUUGGCUCAUACGGUGAGCUCCCUCUGAUUGGAUCCAAAGACUACAAGCCUACAGGAACCCCUCGCACCGACCUCACUGCCAUUGCCGACAAUGAGGACAAGGAGAUCACAUUCCGAUGCUGGGUCGAGAAUGCGAGAGUUCAAUCAGCCAAGCUUGCUUUCCUGAACCUGCGCCAGAACCUGAACACCGUUCAGGCCGUCGUUGCGGCCAGCGACAAGCUCAGCAAGCAGAUGGUCAAGUUUUGCGGCAACGUCAGCACUGAGAGCACUCUGGUUGUCACAGGUCUGGUCAAGCGAGUCAAGGAGCCCAUCAAGAGCGCGACCAUUAGCGAUUUUGAGAUCCACGUCCAAAAGCUGUUCGUCGAGGCCAGUGCCGAGAUUCCCCUACCUCUCCAGGUGUCUGAUGCCGAACGACCCAUGCCUAGCGACGCGGCAGUGGAGGAGGGCGAGAAAGAGGGAGAGGGAGACGAGCGUCCGCUUGUCAGUUUGAACACAAGGUUGAACAACAGGACACUUGACCUCCGGGCUAAGAUCAACCAAUCGAUUUUCGUCAUCAAGAGCGGCGUAUGUGCCCUGUUCCAGGAGUUCCUCUCAAAGAAGGGCUUCGUUCUAGUCCACACACCCAAGAUACUUGGAGCUGCUUCCGAAGGAGGAGCCAACGUCUUUGAACUGAAAUACUUCGGUCGCCCCGCAUACCUUGCUCAGUCACCACAAUUCUACAAGCAGAUGCUGAUCGCAUCCCGCUUCCAGAAAGUUAUGGAGAUUGGCCCUGUGUUCCGUGCCGAAAACUCCAACACUGCCCGCCAUUUGACAGAGUUCACCGGUCUCGAUCUGGAGAUGGAGUUCCAAGAGAACUACCACGAGGUCAUGAGCGUCUUGGAAGACCUUAUGCUCUUCAUCUUUAACGAACUCAACGCGCGCUACAGCAAAGAGACAGAGCUCGUCAGAGGCGUCUACCACGUUGAGCCAUUCAAGCUGCCUGAGUCUGGAAAGGUGCCCAGGAUUCCCUUCCAGGAGGGUAUCAAGAUGCUUCGCGAAGCUGGCGAGGAGCUCGGUGACUACGAUGACCUGACAACCCCACAAGAAAAGCACCUCGGCCGUCUUGUCCUCGAAAAAUACGGCACCGAUUUCUACACACUCGACCAAUUCCCACUCGCCAUUCGUCCCGCGUACACGAUGCCAUCACCCGCCGAUCCAAACCUGUCCAACUCAUACGACAUGUUUAUGCGUGGCCAAGAAAUUUGCUCAGGCGCACAACGUAUUCACUCGUCCGCUCUCCUCGCCGAGCAGAUGCGUAAGCAUGACCCCCCGAUUGACCCUGCCGGUGCGGGAACAAAGGACUACGUCGACUGCUUCAAGUAUGGCUGCCCGCCGCAUGCUGGAGGUGGUUUCGGUCUAGAGCGUAUUGUACAGUUUUGGCUGGGUUUGCCGAAUAUCCGUAUGUGCAGCCUGUUCCCACGUGACCCUCAGAGAGUUGUGCCCUAG